ACGCACAUACCCUUUGAACUUGGCCGCGCAUGGGUUGGGGACGCGGGAUUUGAGAAUUGAGAAAGAUUAUCAUUUCUCAUCCUUAAUUCAAAACCUUCAAUAUGAAAUUGAAACUUCGAUAACAAAAAUUCAUUAAGAUUCCCCCCAAUUCCCAGAGCAACUAGGCGCGUGCGUGUGCUUGUGCUGUAGCCUGAACCUCCCUGAAACUAGGGUUUAACAAGUAGUUUUCUUCAAUCUGUUAGCACUCACCACAAUGUCAUUUUCGUUGUUCUCCACGCCCCAGCAACAACAACCGCAACCGCAGCAGUCUCCUUUCCAGCCACAGCAGAGUAGUUUGUUCCUUCCACCGCAGCAGCAGCAACAACAGCAGCAGUUUCAACAACAACAACAACAACAACAACAACAGUUGCAGCAGCAGCAGCAGCAGCAGCAGCAGCAGCAACAACAACAACAACAACAACAAUUGUUUUUGUUCACUAACGAUAGAACUCCAGCUAGUUAUAGUACCAAUUGGACGGAUCUACAUCCUGAUUCCCAGAAGAUUCUCCUUCAGAUCGAGGAGCGGAUAUUGGAGUAUAGGGAUGAAAGCCAGAGACUAGAUCAAUGUAGUCGUUUGUAUGAUUCUUCGGUUUCGAAUGAUGGAUUUGAGCUUGAUGCAAGCCACAUUGUUCAGGAACUUGGUGGAAUUAGCACUGCUAUGGAACGACAGAAAACUUUGCUGCAGGACCUGAUGUUUGUUGUUAAGGAUAUGUUACGCAACACAGAGGUUGCUGUUCGCUCCUUCAUGAUGCUACGCCCUAGAUUCCUUCAUCCCAGCGGGGGUACAUCAAGUGCCACUGCCCCAUCACAGACUCCUGGAGCAUCUCUAGCACCUAGUUCAAGUAGCCAACCAACAACUGCAUCUAUAGUGCCUGUUUUUGAUUUCUACAGUGGUCUUCCAAAGAAACCAUCCCCCUUUUUACAACAAACAAUUUUAAGAUUUGAAAAGUAUCUUGGGGAAUGCCAUCAGUGGAUUGAAGAGCUGGAGCAGGUGCUUCUCUUAGAGUCUGAGAGAAAUGCAUCCAGUAAUGGAUCCUCAUUAUUGCAAUCUCUUCCCAAGGUCAUGACAAAUGUGCAUGACUUUUUUGUUCACGUGGCAGCAAAGGUGGAGAGCAUUCAUCAAUACAUUGAGUCAAUGAAAUCAGCAUACCUAGCUGAUCAGCGCCGCCGAGGGGAGGUGAAUGAUCCAUUUCUGGAGGCAGAUCGGCGGGAAACCGCAAGACAAGAAGCUGCUUCAAAACGAGUUCAUCCAACUUUGCAUUUACCAGCAAAUUCACAACCCUCAACCCAAGUAGCUGGGUUGUUUUCCAGUUCAGGAACUCAAGCAGCAUUGACUGCCCAACAGACAUCUGCUGCAACUUCAUCUUCGACAGCAGGAAGUGGUUUCUCUCUUUUUGGCACACCAUCUUCUGCUCCAUCUCUGUCAUCAUCUUUGUUUACAACACCAUCAACUCCUGCUCCAGGAUACUCUUGGUUUGCAUCAUCUAGUGCUACACCUCAAACCUCACUUUUUGGUCCAACAUCAUUAUCUGUACCUGGUCCUGCAUCAACUCCCUCACUGUUUAGUAAUACUGCUUCAUUGUUUAGUACAACUCCGGCUUCAGGUUCACUCUUUUCAACGCCAUUUGGUUCAGGCGCUGCAACAGGAUCUGGGGCAAGCUUUGGACCUGGAUCGAAAAAUCCACGGGCAAAAUCCAGGACUACUCGACGUUAAUAGACGUGAUCAGAAAGCAUAAAGUUGAUUGGAACAUUUUCUGCUGUCAAACAAAUAUGCAAUGUUCCACUUGAAAUAUUGGUUUUUCCUUAUUAAAUGGUGUUAAAUGGUUUUUGGUGUGAACUUGGUGAGUCUUGGACCGUAGAUGCUGCAUUGAGGGCACUGGUACAUAUCAACAUUUAAUUUCUGCCUUGUUUCAAUCCGUUGAGCUCUUCCAUUAGGCAGUUUCCGUGAGUUAACAUUGUAGAUUAAUAUAGAUAGAUGAUUUUGAAUGCUAAACUUUGAUUAAUUGCAACUUGCUUUUUUCCUGGUUCCAGUUUGAGGUGGAUACAUCGGUCACUGUUGUAAAAGAUGCCAACUGCUAGCAUGGUACAUUUUACUGAUAUAUUUCAAACACGGAGUAAUUGGCUUUUAAUUGUUCUUUAGAUAAAGCGAGUUUUCUAUAUGGAUUUCAAGAUUU